AUGGCAGAAACUGCAGUAUCAUUUGUUUUACAAGAACUAGGCCAAUUUGUAAUAAAAGAAACUAGCCAAUAUACAGUAGAAGAAAGAAAUUCAGUAGCAGGGAUUGAAAGAGACUUCAAUGAUAUCAAAGAUGAACUUGAGAGCAUCCAAGCCUUCCUCAAGGAUGCAGACACAAAGGCUGCUGAUGAUGAUGAUGGAUCCAAUGGAGUCAAAACUUGGGUGAAGCAGGUGAGAGAAGCGUCUUUUCGCAUAGAAGAUGUGAUUGAUUACUACGACAUGUUUUUGGCAGAGAGGGCCAGUCAUUCUAUAUUCAGAUCUGCACUCCAAAUGAUUCCUGGUUUGAUCAAAACCAUGAAUCCGCAUCACCAGAUUGCUUCUGAGAUUCAAGACAUCAAGUUAUCACUUGGUAGAAUCAAAGAAAGAAGUACAAGGUUCGAGUUUCUGUCUGAAAAUGAAGCAGGAAGGACUAAAGCUCCUAGAAUUGGUGACCCUCGAGUUUCUAACAUUGUCAUCCAAAUAAAUUAUAAGAGGUAUAAAUAA